AAAAUAGAGUCAGAGAGUGAGAAGUAUAAUUGGUCAUAUUUUUUCCUUUUCUGCCGUACUCGGAAGGCUGUGCUCUGCACAAACAAAAGAGAUAGAGCAUAACUCUGGCUGACGAAUGAGUGAAUAACCGAACAAUUCUGGCUGAGGAACAGAUUGUGGGAAGAACUUCUUUCUCGACCCGCCUCUUCAUCAUUCGACAACGACGAGAGAAUGGGAGCGUGCUCAUCGUGCUUGCGUCUUCUGCUCGACGCCGAAUCCGACGUCAAAAUCCAUGUUAUCGAACCAACUUCGAUCAACAAUGGAGAGGGCUCAUCAGUAGUCCAUCGCGACGCAACAGCACCACCAACGCCACCCGUUGUGCCAACCUCAACGUUACAAGUUCCAGGCCUCCAGAGAGCGCGCACACCGGAACCCAAUGAUCCACGUGUGGCCAACCUGUAAUUAUUUACUCCUCGCAUCUCGAUUCAUUUCAUCCGGUCUCAGCUUCUUUACUCCUUUUAACUUAGUUUAAUUAAUCUAUCAAGUUUUUGCCCAUUUUUUUUCUUCAUGGACUGAGCAUGUUGCAAGCCAAUUUUUAUUUUAAUUUUAUAUUUCUUGAUACACAAUAAAUUAUUUU